GCCACCUGCUGCAAUCCCGGCCCCCCGCGCGCGCCUGCUCCCCGCCACCAUGAACCACGCGCCGCUCAAGACCGCCCUGGCGUACGAAUGCUUCCAGGACCAGGACAACUCCACCCUGGCGCUGCCGUCCGAUCAGAAGAUGAAGACGGGCACGUCGGGCCGGCAGCGCGUGCAGGAGCAAGUGAUGAUGACCGUCAAGCGCCAGAAGUCCAAGUCUUCCCAGUCAUCCACCCUGAGCCACUCCAACCGAGGUUCUAUGUAUGAUGGCUUGGCUGACAAUUACAACAACUAUGGGACCACCAGCAGGAGCAGCUACUACUCCAAGUUCCAAGCAGGAAAUGGUUCGUGGGGAUAUCCGAUCUACAACGGAACCCUCAAAAGGGAGCCCGACAACAGGCGCUUCAGCUCCUACAGCCAGACGGAGAACUGGAGCCGGCAAUAUCCCCGGGGAAGCUGCGCUACCACCGGUGCGGGCAGCGACAUCUGCUUCAUGCAGAAAAUCAAGGCCAGCCGCAGCGAGCCUGACCUCUACUGCGACCCGAGGGGCACCUUGCGUAAGGGCACACUGGGCAGUAAGGGCCACAAAACCACCCAGAACCGCUAUAGCUUUUACAGUACCUGCAGUGGUCAGAAGGCUGUCAAGAAGUGCCCUGUGCGCCCGCCCUCUUGUACCUCCAAGCAGGACCCGGUGUAUGGGCCACCCAUCUCCUGCAACAAGGACCUGUCCUUCGGCCACUCGAGGGCCAGCUCUAAGAUCUGCAGUGAGGACAUCGAGUGCAGUGGGCUGACCAUCCCCAAGGCCGUGCAGUACCUUACCUCCCAGGAUGAGAAGUACCAGGCCAUUGGAGCCUAUUACAUCCAGCAUACCUGCUUCCAGGAUGAAUCUGCCAAACAGCAGGUAUAUCAGCUGGGAGGCAUCUGCAAGCUGGUGGAUCUCCUUCGCAGCCCCAACCAGAAUGUCCAGCAGGCUGCCGCUGGGGCCCUGCGUAACCUGGUGUUCAGGAGUACCACCAAUAAGCUGGAGACCCGGAGGCAGAAUGGGAUCCGUGAGGCCGUCAACCUCCUAAGGAGAACCGGGAGUACUGAGAUCCAGAAACAACUAACCGGGCUGCUCUGGAACCUGUCUUCUACUGAUGAGCUGAAGGAAGAGCUGGUGUCCGAUGCGCUGCCUGUUCUGACCGACCGGGUCAUCAUUCCCUUCUCUGGCUGGUGUGAUGGCAACAGCAACAUGUCCCGUGAAAUGGUGGAUCCUGAGGUCUUCUUCAAUGCCACAGGCUGCCUGAGGAACCUGAGCUCUGCUGAUGCAGGCCGCCAGACCAUGCGGAACUACUCAGGGCUCAUUGACUCCCUCGUGGCCUAUGUCCAGAACUGUGUGGCAGCCAGCCGCUGUGAUGACAAGUCUGUGGAGAACUGCAUGUGUAUCCUGCACAACCUCUCUUACCGCCUGGAUGCCGAGGUCCCCACCCGCUACCGCCAGCUUGAGUACACCGCCCGCAAUGCCUACACUGAGAAGUCCUCCACUGGCUGCUUUAGCAACAGGGGCGACAAGAUGAUGAACAACAACUAUGACUGCCCCCUUCCUGAGGAAGAGACCAACCCCAAGGGCAGCAGCUGGCUCUAUCACUCAGAUGCCAUCCGCACCUACCUGAACCUCAUGGGCAAAAGCAAGAAAGAUGCCACCCUGGAGGCCUGCGCGGGUGCCCUGCAGAACCUGACUGCCAGCAAGGGACUGAUGUCCAGUGGCAUGAGCCAGCUGAUUGGACUGAAGGAAAAAGGCCUGCCACAAAUUGCCCGCCUUCUGCAAUCUGGCAACUCUGAUGUGGUGCGAUCCGGGGCCUCCCUCCUGAGCAACAUGUCCCGCCAUCCUGUGCUGCACAGAGCGAUGGGGAACCAGGUGUUCCCAGAGGUGACCAGGCUCCUCACCACCCACACCGGCAACACCAACAACUCAGAAGAUAUCUUGUCCUCCGCCUGCUACACCGUGAGGAACUUGAUGGCCUCCCAGCCCCAGAUGGCCAAGCAGUACUUCUCCAGCAACAUGCUCAACAAUGUCGUCAACCUGUGCCGCAGCAGUGCCUCACCCAAGGCUGCGGAGGCUGCGCGGCUCCUCCUGUCGGAUAUGUGGUCCAGCAAGGAGCUGCAGGGUGUUCUCAGACAGCAAGGCUUUGACAGGAAUAUGCUAGGAAGCCUGGCUGGAGCCAACAACUUUAGGAACUUUACCUCCCGGUUCUAAGAAAAGAUGGUUGAAGCAAGUUUGGCUUGCAGAAAGAUACAACCCAGCUGAGAAGACUUGGGCCUCGAUGAUGGGUUAUUCUCUCCAGCCUGUGCAGUAUUUGAAAAAGUUCAAAUGCAACCAAGAGCGAACCUGAA